GCUUACAAGCGAGAAGCCGCACACAACCGUUUUUGAAGGCCGCGACAGCCCUGAAACGCCCACAGCUUUCUUGGCACCGAUAUGAAGCACUGUGCAUAACAAUAGUAUAGUCAUAUAGUAUAGUCACUGUCACAGAUGUUGGCGUCGGGGACUUUGUCUGGACGCCAGGGCUCCGUGGUGCCUGGCUCUGCAGUGCCUGGCCUGGCGCAAGCCCGGCGUUACGCGCGACUGCUACCCAGCCGUCUAGAUGUACAGACAAAGAAGCUAUUUGGAACCUGCACUCCUGGGACACCUGCUCCCCGAAGCCGCGUGCAUGCACCGGUCGUUGCGCGGUCCUCGGCGUCGCCGCUAGGUGGCAUCCUGGGGCCUUCUCCGACUUUCCGGGUUCAGCUGAUCCAGCCCACGGGCGUGGCGCGGUCGGAGGACUGCGACAAGCUGCUGGUGUACCUGCCGGGCACGGACGGCACGGGUCAGGCCAUCCUGCCCCAGAUACCCGCGCUCCGGAGCCAGGGUUACGACACCUGGUGCCUGUACAUGCCCCCUGAUGACCGGUCGGACUGGGAGCAGCUCACCACACAGGUGACGCUUCUGCUGCGGCAGCUGCUGGCGGACUGGCGGGCGGGGCACGAGCAGCAGCAGCAGCAGCGGCAGGUGGGCGCCGACGCAAACAACAGCGGCGGGGAGGGCGCCGCCGCGGCGCCGCCGCAGCGGCCGCCGCCGCGCAUCACCAUCAUCGCCGAGUCGUUUGGCUGCUGCCUGGCGCUGAGGCUGGCGGCGUCGGGCGCGGCGCCAGAGCUGCUCGACAGGCUAGUGCUGCUGAACCCGGCCACCUCCUUCAACCGCUCGCUGUCGGGCCUGUCCUCCCUCAUCGCCGCCUCCAACCUUCUGUCGCUGUUCCCGCGGGACUGGUACAGCGUGGCGCAGACCACGCUGCUGCCGCUGCUGGUGGACGGCGGCCGGGUGGAGCCCGCCAACCAGGAGCUGCUGCAAUCCAUGAUCCAGAUGGAGCCGCCCAGCUGCAGCCAGAGCUUUGGAUUCGGAUCCGGAUUCACCAACGCCGCCGUGGCGCCCGGCGCCGCGUACGACGACUACAGCACCGCCGCCGGCUACAGCCGCCGCACGCCCACCAUCACCAGCAACGGCCCCAGCAGCGGCAGCAUCAGCAGCGCAGGCGGGCUGUGGGAGCGGCGGUACGGGUCGCUGAACGGCGUCGGCGGCAGUAGCAAUGACGGCGGCGGCAGUAGCAGUGGCGGCGGCGGCCCGGCGACGCUGUACUACGGCCCGGCUGCUGCCGCCAACUUCCGGACCAACCUGCUGCGCACGGGCGACCCGGGAGAGGAGGCGCUGGCGCGGGUGCGCACGCCCGUGCUGAUGGUGACCAGCGCCCGGGACCGGCUGCUGCCGUCCAUCGCCGAGGGCGCCCGACUGGAGCGGCAGCUGCCGUACUGCCGCCGCCACAUCCUGCCCGACAGCGGACACGCGGCCAUGCUGGAGCGCGGCAUGGACAUCACCCGCGUCAUGGCAGUAGCAGGAUUCCUAGGGGAGCUGCCGGACAGGCCGGCGCCGGCGCCGGCUGUAGCAGCGGCGGCGGCGCGGCGCGCCGUGCCGCAGCCGGCAGUAGCGGGAGUGGGCGGGGCUGUUGAGGCUGGUGGUGUUGGUGCGAUGGCGGCGGGGGCGGGGUGGCCGGGUGACGCGGAUUCGUGGCACAUGAGCUCGGGUGUUGGCAGUAGCAUCAGCGGGAUCAGCAGUAGCAGCCCCGCCGCGCCGUCGCCGUACACAAACGGCAACGGCGCGCCAGCAAUGCCAACAGCAUCGUUCGCCAGCAGCAGCAACGGCGCCAGCAGUGGCAGCAGCAGCAGCAGCGCUGUGGGGAGGGGCGCGGGGAGAGCCGGGGCCGCCGGCGCCGGCAAUGGCAACGGCAAUGGGGCAGGCGAGGAGGGGCCUGGUGCCUCUGGCCGCGAUACGGACAGUGCGUUUGACGAGUGGUGUCAGAACCUGGCACCGUGGCGGGACCUCAUAUCCCCGGUCGUGCUGGGGUUCUCCAACCUGCCGCCGCCUGGCUCGGCGGACUUUGAGCGCCCCAUGCUGUUCGUGGGAAACCACCAAAAGAUGGGGUUUUACGACACGCCACUGCUCGUGUACGAGCUCUACGUCCGCGGCUACAGGGUUCGCGGGCUGGCCCACCCGGGUCACUGGGCCGGCCCCUUCGGCAAGUGGUUUGAGAGCUUUGGCGCCGUCAAGGCCUCCCCCAUGGCGGCCUUCAGGCUGCUGCGGGGGCGGGAGAAGGUCCUGCUGUUCCCCGGGGGCGCCAAGGAGGUGGUGAAGAAGCGCGGCCAGGAGUACACGCUGCUGUGGAAGGACAGUCCUGACUUCGUGCGGCUGGCGGCCAAGUGCGAUGCGCUCAUUGUGCCCUUCGCGGCGGUGGGGGCCGACGACGCAUACGACGUGAUCAUGGACACGGACGAGGUGAUCUCGCACCCGCUGCUGGGCCCGCUGACCCAGGGGCUGCUGGCGCGGGUCAGCAGCGCGCUGGCGCCGGAGGAGAGCAUCUUCCCCAUUACCCGACUGCCCGUGGUGGGCCUGCCCACGCCCAUCCCCAUCCCCAACCUGCAGCGCCUGUACUUCAAGUUCGCGCCGCCCGUGGACCCACGGCGCCUGGGCACCGACAUCCACAACCCCCAGCAGGUGCAGCAGCUGUACGACGGAGUCAAGGACACGGUCACGCAGUGUAUGGGGGAGCUGUUGGAGGUGCGCGCCGCGGACGAGGAGAGCCAGGUGGGCGAGCGGCUGGCGCGGUCGCUGCGCCGCAUGGCGCCCGUGCUGGGGGCGGCGGUGGCGCCGCCGCCCUCGCCGCCGCCCUCGCUGCGGUGAGCGGCGGCGGCCGCGCCGGCACCUAUAGCAGCGCCUCCCCUCCCCGCUGGACGUCGGCGCUUCAUACCGGAAGGCCUUGUACCUGAGGUGUUGUGUUGUGUGUGGUUGCAAGGUGGUGAGCGCGAUUUGGGAUGGCCGGCUACCCACCAGAGUCCUGGUGUGUCAGGGCCGAGCGCCGGAUCAGGCAUUCGUCUGGAGCAGUGCGGGAGGGGGGGGGGUUCACUGGGGUUCAUGGGGCAGAGGAGGGGCUUGUGGGGCUGUGACUGGUCUCAGCGGCUGACCUAGGAGGAGGCUGUUGUGGCUCGUGUGAGAUUCUUAUGAUUCGUGAUCGUACAGACGGCCUGGCCGGUGAUGUGAUGCCGCUAAGCAGGGCGGUGACAGCUGGGGCUGACGGGGUCCCCGUGGUCACAUGAAUGCGUUCCGUCAGUGAACGGGUAUGUAUUGCUAGUAUGGUUUGGCAGCCGAGUUUUACUCAGGUGAACUGAGUUUUCGUGCAUGCAAUGCGGCCACAACAAGGGAGUGUUCGCGAGUAACCUCCCUACAAUAGGGUGGCCUGGUAGCAUUCUCACUCAUAAGGGAGGCCUGGUGGCCACAUUCAACUACCGUAGUCUACUUGCACCGGGCGCCGUGCCGGCAUCCGCCAUGACGCCAUGCUGCCCAUGCAGCUGUGCCAUGCGAUGCGAGGGUGACAAACCGAGAAACAGUCACGCUGGCUA